AUGGCUAGAGAACGUGGUGAUUUGCUUUUCCCAAGCAUCGAAUCAGAGAAGAGAAAGCACAAGUUGAAGAGAUUGGUUCAAUCUCCAAACUCCUCUUUCGUCGACAUCAACUGCCAAGGCUGUCACUCGAUUACUACUGUUUUCUCACAUGCUCAGACUGUUGUGCUCUGCUCCUCAUGCUCCACCGUCAUUGCCCAGCCAACCGGAGGUCGUGCUCGUAUCACCCCAGGUUGCAGAUUGAGACACAAGGGAGAA